UAUCUCAAGCACAUUAAACAUGAAGAAAACUCAUGAAGAUGAACCAUGUGAUGUUGCUGUUGUGUGAUUGUGUUUUUUAAAAUUUUGUUUUAACUAUAGAUAGCAUUAAGUAAAGAUAGUGGUUUGUUUGACAACAUUUUAACUGUCAAAUUUAUUCUCUAAGAGCUCUAGCGAAGACCUGUAAACGGAAUAUCGUUUAAGCGUGGCCUGACAGAUAAAUAAAUAUAAAGAAGUCGUGAUUAUAGCAGUGUACCGAACCUUUAAACUUGAAUUCAGUAGUGACUUCCUUAAAGGAAUACAAAUUGUUUUAGUUUACUUAUUUAGUUUGUGUGCGUAAUCAGGAAUGUGGUUGUAAUAUGGAGUUGUUCACAUUAUUUGGAGUUCUUCUUUGCGGUCAAGUUCUCAGCACAACGUUAUCAGGGAACGGGACAUCUGGAGGUUUUACAAUCCAAGAGAACUUAUCCUUGCAACUGACGUGCUCUUCGACUAACGAUGUUCACUAUGGAAGCUUUUUUAGAAGAUAUACGGAUAAAUCUCCCAAUAUUAUAACCGCAGUAGGGUACGGCCCAUCAGGAUGUGGCACGGACCCCACACCGCCUUCUUACCUUAGCUGCUCCUGUGUCAGUAAAAGGGAGUACGCCUGUGUCAUCCGGAACGUCACCAGAGAUAUGAACGGGGACGUUUGGUUUUGUAUUCCCCCAGGAGGAAAUAAGAUCGAUUUCAGUGGAGAUCAAACAAUCAUCGUAACAAUCGGUAUUACUGCGGUGUCUAUGGAACCGGCAUUCAGCCCCGUGUACGUCAUACAAAACACAAACAGGCAGUUUCGUUGUAUAACAUCGGACGGAAACCCCAAGGCCACUAUAGAGUGGUACAAGAAUAACGGCACAGAGGAUAGGGCCGAUGACACUAAGAUAACUUCCGGGAUGAAGACAGACUCAAUCGCAAGUGGCACUUUCGUUAGGACUAGCGGUACACUGAAUUUGACUGUGCAGAAAAACGAUCAGGAAGUGGGCGUGUACUGCAAGGCAAACAACGGCGGGGAUUGGCUGUACUCCUCUAGUGUUGUAUUAGAUGUUCAGUAUGAACCGUCCACUCCGAAAGUAUACUACAAGGGUUUCGAAGUUACAUCCCAUGUACGGGUAAUAUCCGGGCGUUCCACGACGCUAAACUGCAACGGCACGGGCAACCCGAGCCCCAGUUACACGUGGACGUACCCUGGUGUAGGCCCACAAAAUGGAUCCACGCUCACACUGGCCAGUGUGCAGACCACACACGCUGGAGGUGUAACGUGUACAGCAAGGAACACGUUGUUACCUACUGGAGGGACAGCGGUUGUUAAGACAAAAAAAACAACCAUCACUCUUCAAGUUCUAUAUCCUUCAAGUGCACCAUCAUGCACCAUCAGUGGAACUUCUAUCUUGACCACUGCCAUACUAGUGGAGGGCACAGACAACACUUUCAGCUGCAUUAGUUCAGCCAAUCCGCCCUCGAAUACGUACACCUGGUCAACUCCGGGCCGUGAACAAGUUUCCGGAGCCAAUUUGACCCUGAUCAAUGUCCAGCACACCGCCGACCAAGGCCAGUACACCCUGACAGCCACAAACACAAUGGAUCCCACAAGAGGAAAUACUGAAACGGGAACAAGCAACACAUCGUUUUCGGUGAAUAUACAAUAUGAAACUUCCAUCCCUAAAUUAUACUACCAGGAUUCCGUGGUAAACUUUCCUAUUCGUGUAAUAUCCAAACGUUCGGUGACGAUCACAUGCAGCAGCACGGGCAACCCGAAUCCCACUUACACCUGGACAUACCCUGGUGGAGGCCGACAUAGUGGCCCCACGCUCACACUGGCCCGAGUGCAGACAACACACACCGGAGAUGUAACGUGUACAGCAAAAAACAACCUAUCACCUACUGGGGGUACAACGGUUGAAAAGACACGACAAUCAACUGCUAGCCUCCAAAUUUUGUAUUCUCCAAGUAGGCCAUUAUGUACCAUAAACACAACUACAAUUUCGACUAACGCUGUUAUUUUGGAGGGAACAGACUGCAUUAUAAGCUGUACCAGUGAAGCUUUUCCGACACCGAUCACAUACUCCUGGUCAACUCCGGGACGUGGACUUGUUUACGAAAAAAAAUUAUUCCUAAAAAAUGUGACGCACACAUCUGACAACGGCCAAUACACCCUGACAGUCAAUAACACAAUGGAUCCCACUGUGGGAAACGCGGAAACGGGAACAAAUACUACUGCGUUCUCGGUGGCUAUACAAUUCGGACCUAAAGUGGACCUGCCUGAAACUUAUGACAUAUUGAUGGACAGUGUCUUAAACUACUCAUGUUCGUUCAUCCCUGGAGAACCUUCUCAAACAUCCCUUUACUGGACGAGGUCAGGUGAUAACAGAACAUGGCACAGUCAGUUUGCUAGUAUCAGCUCUGUGCAGAAAUCUGACGCCGGUUUGUAUACGUGUACCGCCAUGAAUCGGAUGAUGCCUACUGGAUAUCCCACCCGGAAUGGAAGUCAUACCGGAACUAUGCGCCUUAAUGUUCAAUAUGAAUCUCUCGUUAGUGACUUUCACUUUACUGAGCACACCGGAACUGUUAACGUUACAAAAUCAGAGUACAGCAAUGCAACGCUUACCUGCACGGUGGAUAGCAAUCCUCCGUCAACCAUCAAUAUUCGAAAAGACGAUAAAAUGAAGAAAUCCGUCUAUAAUUCAAUACAUAUGGUAUACACCAUUGCAAACCUAACAUGCUGGGAUGCUGGGCGUUACACGUGUGAUGGCAGUAAUAAGUUUAACAACGACACACCUUCGGAGAAGGAUUUACUACUGUUUGUAACAUGCACACCAAGGCGUUCGCCUGACUUGGACAUCAAAUUGAACUUUACUGCCAAACUACACGGAAAAGCAACACUACAGUACACCGUGUUUGCGUAUCCAGUCCCUAGCCCGUCACAGUUUGUCUGGAAAAGAUGUAUCAGAAGUGAAAAUUGUUCUUACUUAGCAAAUCUCUCCGGAAAAACAGAUGUUACAACAAAAGGAUUGUCGAGUAAUUUGACCAUUUUGGAUAUCGAUAUAAAUGAUUUCGGCGUGUACAGUAUUUCAGUUGACAAUGGUAUUGGGAAGGAGCUAGUCGAGGAGAUGUAUCUUCAACCUGGUGGACCUCCAGAUUCACCAACGGCAUUUGAUGUUAUUGAGGAGUCUAUCGGUGAAACACAAGCAACAUUAACGUGGAAACAUGGAUUCAACAACGGUUUUCGUCAAACCUUUCAUUUAUCAUCUCGAACCUUAAACGAAUUCGUAACCGUUUUAGAUGUGAAUGUUUCUGAUAACGAACUUGCGGAAAAUAUAAAUUAUACAUUAAACCAAUUGAGACCUGGAAAGAAAUAUUAUGUGGAACUUUUUGCUUCUAAUGCCGAAGGGAUUUCCAUGAGUGUCAACGCAACAUUUACUACAUUGGUGCGCAUUGUUAUAAAUCCAGAGGGACCGUCAGCUGCUGUAGUCGGAGGAUCAAUCGGUGGUAGCAUUUGUGCAGUGCUGGCUAUUGGAGGCGUUAUAUUUGGCGUAAUGAAAUUUAGAAAUGUCGGAAAUAAAAAAGACGAAGAAAUAUUGCCAAGCAAACAACAUACAGACGAACUUCAGGUCGACGAGGAUGAUGAGCUUCCGGACAUUGUGGAGAAUUCAAUGUAUGUGCCUGCUGGACACAUAUCUCGAAAGGUCAAUAACUCAGACGCAGAUGCCUUGUAUGCACAACCAAAUAAAUGUAAGGCGUCCGGUUCAAAAGGUGCGGAAUUGUACGCAGAAGUGAAUAAAGUUGCCAAGAAGAAAGCUGCGGGGAAAAAACGUAAGAAGACGACGUAUGAAAACAAAGCCUAUGAAAGUUCAACAUACGAAAACCACGAGCUUCAAGAAACGAAGAAACAGGUUAACAAAGAUGGACUCAUCUACGCAGACUUAGCUUUUCCUAAGCAACCAAAAGGACGAAAACCUUUCAUACACGGCCUUGAUGACAUGACAGUGUAUGCAGACGUUGAUUUAUCACGAAAGGCUGAACCAUUGCCAGACAGUGACGACGAGGGAUCUGGCGAAAAGAACAAGAAAUGAACGCAAGUGAUUGGACUACAGUCUUGUUAAAAUAGACUCUUGUUGUUUGCUAUAACGGACUGUAUAUUUUUUAAUAUUUAUUCUUAAAAGAAACGGAUAAAAAGCAUUUAAUAAAUACAACUCGUCUCCAAAACAAUAAGAAAUUUCUCAGUAUGCAUUGCAAUCCAUAUAAAAAGCCAGUAUUUUUAACAUACUAGGACUUAUUCUACUAUCCGGAAUUGUUUGAAGUUGACUUGUCAAUGAAUUGAAAACAAUUCUAGAACUGAGAUUUAAAUUAUGCCUUUUAAUUAUUAAUUGUUAUUUAAAAUGGAAAGUAAUAAGUAGUUUUACUUCACAUACAUUAGUCUGUAUGAAUACAAGGGUGGGACACGCUUUACUCUUAACUUUCAUAUAUUUAUAUGUCACUAAAUGUAUCCAUAAACAAAUAUUUCUGCUUAAAUGUUUAUAUGAGAUAAUAUUGAGUAGAAUAAAAUCUUGUUGUAUUAAUAAUCAGAUAUUUAUGUAAAAAAGAUGUUACAAUACAUUUAUUGGAGUCAUUCAAUAGUUGAAUACAUAUUUACGCGUGAGUUACAUCUAACAAUUAUAACGGGCGCUUUCGCUCGUUUUCUUUUUAGAAUUUGCAAAAUACGGUGUCUUGACAAUAACUAAAGAAUAUGCAAACGCAUUAAAAUAUAUAUCUUUUGAACACAUAAGUACCAUAAAUAAUGGUCAACUUUGACAAGGUGUCGAAUCUUACGUUUUACAGAGUAACGUCCCCUUUUCAACUUAAACUGACAAAAAAUGAUGCAAUUUGACAUAACCUUUGCAAUGGAUUUAAAUAUUGUUUGGUGCAUUGGUGUAACGUUUUAAAAACAGGUCAUGUUAGACCUUAGUUAAAACCCACUAAUGUCUGACGUAGUUAUGACCCCUUUUCAAAGAAGCUGUAUACAAUUCCUAAGUCCAUGCGGCCUUUUGGGGGUAUUCGUCAUUCCUGUGACAUCUUUCGUUGAAUGUGUCCCCAGCUAAAAACGGCUACUAACCUUGGUACGAGUCUUAAUAUAUUACAUUUCACACUGAUUAUUUAGUUAUAUUUUAUAUCCAUUCUAAGUAGUUAUACUAAAUAUUAUGUGUCUCUUACAAUUGUUAUGAAUCGUUUUAUUCUAUGACCUAUUAUUAUUUUAUUACUUUGUUGAUUUACUUAUUUAAGGCAAACUGUUUUAAAACAUAUAACGCUGCCUGUUACUGUUGUGCUGAAAUUUCUAAAUACAAACAUAACGGAAAUAUACUUUGCUAACAAAAUCAUACUGUCAUAAUCAUAAUUAUAAUAAUUUGUAAACUUUUAUUCAAAACUAAUUUGAUAUCGAUUUGUUUAGUAUGUAUUAUGUCUGUGAUUUCCUCUUGUGGUGUCUGGUUGUAUGUGUUUAUGGAUAAUUUAAACUUUGGGCCUUCAGUAAAAUUGUUACUGCUGGUUUCUAUGUUGUUGUUUAAAUUAAAUUAACGCUCUGUUGUACACUUUGAAUAUAGUCUUAAGUUUAGUUAUGAAAGGUAAUAUGGUUUGAAUAAGUGAAAACGUUUAUUACUACGACCUUUAAUAAAUAACUGUAAUUUCGGAUAAGUUUUUUUCUGCGUUUAUGAUCGAACGGGGCUAUGCAAGCAACUGUUCUCUCCUCUAACGACUCUCACGAUUAAUUUUGAUUAAUGAUUUUCGACAUUAGCAAAUCAAAACCAAUAACCUUUUGGAAAUUGAUUUGGCCCCAUCCCACUGAUGUGUUAUGUGGAUUUAAGAGAGAAAUGCUCUUUGUUCAAUUUUAUAAAUAUAAAGCGUAGUACUCGGUAUUCAGCA